AUGCCGUUCUCCCCGUUCCCACAGCCGACAUCCUGGAGACGAGAUGGGACAGUUCUGAGGGAAGAGGAGCGACUGGCGUAUAACAGACGGAUAGAAAUCAUGAGACAGACAGAGUACUCCAUGCUAAGAGGUAUCACUUACCUUGACCAUGGUGGGACAACAUUAGCGAGCAAGUCAUUGAUGGACUCGUUCUGCACGCAGAUGAAGGCUUCCAUCCUUUCCAACCCACACUCGGACGCAUCAAGACCGAGCUUCUCUGCUUUGAUGGUGGAGCAGACCCGGCAGAAGGUGUUGAGACUCUUCAAUGCGGACCCAAAGCACUGGGACGUGGUAUUCACAGCAAAUGCCACGGCUGCCGUCAAGCUGGUAAUGGAGUGCUUCGCUGGCCACAAACAGGGUUUCGACUAUCUCUACCACUGCAAUGCUCACACCAGUUUAGUCGGAGUGCGAGAGCAAGCGCAGAACAGCCGCUGCCUUGCAACAGCUGAAGAGAUGAAGUACUGGCUAAAUGGUGGAAAACUUUUGCCGAAUGAGGAGUCAUGGAAUCGUCCCGUCCUGUUUGCAUACCCCGCCCAGUCGAACAUGAACGGCGAACGUCUCCCUCUGAGUUGGCCUGCCCGAAUCCGCGGGUCUACACAACACGAGAACACGUACACGCUCUUAGACGCCGCCGCUCUAGUCUCGACCAGCCCACUGGAUCUUAGCAACCACGCCGCAGCACCGGACUUCGUGUCGAUGUCUUUCUACAAAAUCUUUGGCUUUCCCGACCUUGGCGCUCUGAUAGUUCGCAAAGCAUCUGCUCACGUGUUGCAGCGCCGGAAGUACUUCGGUGGUGGCACUACUGAUAUGAUAGGAUGUAUCGGCACACCGUGGGUAGAACGAAAAGAGAGCAGUGUGCAUGCUCGCUUAGAGGACGGUACGAUCGCGAUACGCAGCAUACUUGCUUUGAGCUGCGCUAUCGACACACAUAUGAAUCUUUUCGACGGUCUGGCCCAAGUCUCGAAGCAUACAGGAUGGCUGGCAAAGACGCUACAUGACCGACUGGCCGGUCUGAAGCAUGCCAGUGGCAUUCCUGUUUGUCACAUGUACAAGGCUCCAACGUCCACAUACGGUGAUUCGAAGUCCCAGGGCGCAACAGUCACUUUCAACGUCAGAAAGAGUAACGGGUCCUGGAAGAGUGGAUUCGAUGUAGGCGCUAUGCUCAGAGCUAACGAGAUCCACGUCCGUACAGGCUCGCUUUGCAACCCAGCAGGUAUGGCCUCUGCACUAGGCUUGUCCGCAAACGAGCUCAGAGCGGCAUUCGAUUCAGGCUUCCGUUGCAACCAACCGGGCGACGACGUUCGAGGCGAUGUCCCCUUCGGAAUGAUUAGAGCCACUUUGGGCGCCAUGAGCACACUUGAAGACGUGGAGAACUUGAUGGAACUCAAUCAGGCGUGCCCGAGGACAGCAACUUCGCAACCAGUUCUUUCGAAGAGAAGUCCGGGAAGAUGA